AUGGAAAUUGCAUUUGACGAACAGUCAUGGCCUUUUGACCACCAUGAUUUCACGAAUGGAGUUGGAUUGGAUUUCAACAGCACCGAAGAUGCGGAAGGCUUGGAACGUCAAAGAUCUGGAGCCCUAGUUGACUUUGGUAUUUUUUGGCAGACCCAACUGCAACGAGUAUGUGGUGGAUUCCUGGCAUGCUUGGAACACUACCGGACCCUGGUCCCUCAGAAGUUUCAUGAUGCUUCCCUGCCCGAGAUCAACAAGGCGUUUGAAAUGAGGCAUGGAGAUGCCGAUAUCCUGCAGCUCCUGGAGUCAACGGUGCCCCCAGCGGAUGUGACCCGCGUGGCAAUUUUUGCCCAGCCAUUGGUGCGCUACAACAAGGAGGCUGCGCUGGAUUACAAGCACAUCAAUGAUCGGUACCACAAGGGCAAACUGGCAAUUGAUGAAUUCAUGGCUGAAAAGCACCAAUUCAUGAGGGUGCAAUCUUUGACGCUGGCGCAUGCGGCCAUAGUGCAGAUUCAGGGCAAGAUGGGCCCCAACGCGCUCACGAUCCUGGUGGGGGAUUUCACUCUGUGGCCUUCCAGACCACUGGCAGUGGAUGAGUCGGUCACUCUGGCCCAAAGCGUUGGGACUGGAAACCCCAACACUCUCAGCCUGGCUGGCAUCUGUGGAGGGCACAGCAACGUGUCCUUCAUGAGGUCGAAAGCCUUGCUGGGAACAAUCAGCAAUGUCGAAAGAAGUCGAGUGGCGGAUCUACAGAACCCGGACCCAGAUCGCCAGCUCGCUCCCCAUUGGAGAGUUCAACAGAGGGGCAUCAAUGCCACCAAAGAGGUGCUGCUUCAGCUGGUUGAAGGGAUGAAUGAGGGCGACAACCACAAACUCUUGGUGGUGGAUCUUCAUCCAUCGCGGUUCACUGAAUGGUCGCAGGCAUCAUGGGAGCUGCAGCGAGACUACUUGCUUGGGGAGGAUGGUGCUUCAAAGUGGGAUGUCCACUUCAUGUCCAUCUACCAUGACUCCGAUGCCCAAAUGUUGGACACCGCCAGCACUUUGAUUGCAGGAAGGGCCUUGAACCAAUGGUGGGACAAGGCUGAUGGGUCAGGUCCAGCUUCGCGAGCGACUGAACCGUUUUUGGUGGAGCUACCAACCCUGGAAUGCUUGGCUGUCAAUGCCACUGAGCUGAAGAUUCCAGAUAUGGUGCGCCAAAAGUUUGCAGGAUCUCACCAGGACCCCUUGGCCAAGCUGGACGAAGCUAUCAGCCAAGAGACAUCAGUCCAGAACGCCAUCAAGAUGACGCAGGCUCCGCCAGCUUCCUCAGGUGCUGGGAGUGGCCAAACCAGGACCAUGGCAAGCCCACAGUGGGACAAUGAAGCUCCAAUCAAUUGGCGCAAAUCGUUGCCCUUGACCCCUGUUUCAACGGCUGACUUUGAUGCCAACAACACGCCAGAGGGUGCCGCAGUCAUUGCCCGGGAGCCGAACCUUAAGUUGGUAUUGACGUCCCUGGGAUCCCUCUGGAUUGUCAACCGCAACACGCACUCCAUCAAUUUGGGCCCUGGAGAACUCUUUGGGUUCAACACUGGUAGCUACCUAGAGACGAUCAUGACGCUGGCAGAUGCUGUCUGCGAAGUGACACGCAAGCGUGGCAUCACAGAGAUCCGCAUGACUGAUCACGCCAUGCGCCCAAAGAUGAAGGUCGCCGCAGAUGGAUCCCAAAUGCCUAUGACGUUCAGAUACGCUGUGGCUGCUGAUCACAAAGUCAACGCAUUUAAGGCGAAAGAGAUCCCCCCAACUGACAGCAAACUCGAUCUGCGCCCAGCAGUCUUCGGGGCUUUGUGGAGCAACAAGUUCAAUCAGUUGCCACGGACUGAUUAUUGCAGUGUGGUGUGGGAGGCCCAGGGUUUGAACAAAUGUUGA